AUGGUUGAAGAGGCCUUCAAGACGGGGGCCAGGGCUUACGCCUCGUGCUUAUCCGGCACCGCCGGGCCGAUCUUCGACUUGAGAGCAGGGCUGGGGGGCCUGGAAGACGAGGACAUGAUCAGCCCUACUACCGUGUUCCAGGGCAUGACGACUUGGGACCCAGUGAUGGCCCUGCCGGUUACAGAGAGGAUGCAGUCCUUCCGUGACCCCGAGGUUCGCCGGACGCUAAGCAUUGAGGCGGUGGAGACCGAAGGCACCCACUCUUACCAGGCCGCCCGCGGUACCAGGGUGAUGAGCUUCAACCGGCGCUGGGACCUGGUUCAGGUAUACAUGGGGCACUACGAGCGGAACCGGAAGUACAGUGGCAAGAGCGUCGAGCAAAUAGCCCAGGAGCAAGGGAAAGGGGUUAUGGACGCUUUCCUGGACCUGGUUCUGGACGAUGAUCUGCGGACUAGUUUCCAGGUAAUCGACCGGAAUAGCGAUCCUGAAGCCCAGCGUCAGAUACUGGGGUCGCCGUAUACUGUUAUCGGGACCACCGAUGGCGGCGCUCGGCCGGAAAAGGGAGACCGUACCGACUACAGUACCCACUUGCUAAGCUACUGGGUUCGGGAAAAGCAGAUUAUGUCCGUGGAAGACGCCGUCUACCGCUUGACCGGGAAGACCGCCCUGAUGCACGACCUCCACGACCGGGGGUUCCUUGGCUAA